AUGCAGCAAGAAGACGUCUGGACGCACAUUCCCUCCAAGUCCAAGCGUCAUCGAAAGCCUGCUCUUAUUAGCACAACAAAUCUUCCUCUGAAGGACCUCACACUUUCCAAGCUCUCCGCAGAAUUCCACACCAAGCUCAAAACCUGGCAGCAUUCCUCUUGUCGUCAAACAGCCUUACGUCUUCUUUCCAGGAUCCGCCCAGAGAAAGGGUGGAACUUACACAAAGCGAUUUGCCUGGGUAGCGGCAGCCUGAGCCGCGAGAAUUGGGAGUGCAGACGACGGAGCGUGUGGCAGUUUGUUGUGUUUUAUGAUCUCGCACGUCAUCUCCUGGGAACCGAGCACGAUUGUACUCUGUAUGCGCAGGAGCCGGCUUUCACAGAGCUGGACGGAAAAUUCCUCGCAACUCUAGGUAUCUCGGUCUUGGAAUCGCAAGUCGGGAUCGUAGGGAUGGGAGCCGCGGGAAGCGAAUUGGGAGGAGAAACCUUCCUGUUCGAGCCCUUUGUUGAUAUGGACUCAGGGAUGUUAGAAGCUAUGCUGAAGGGCGGAGUGGGACUGUAUAUGGGGAGUUCAAUUGGUGGGAUCUUGGAGAGGAGGGAAGGGAGCGAAGUAGGGAGGUUAUCGAAGGAGUUUUGUCGAGGGAGGGAGAUGCUCAAGUUUCCGAUGUUCGAAAUCGAACCCAAUGUUCUGGACGGCAUGAGGAUCUAUUGGAGGGAGGAGAGCGAUGAGGACGAUGAUGAAGGCGCAGUGUGA